CGUGACUCCAAAGGUAAACAUACGGUUGGUGUGAAAAUCAUGGCUUUUCCAGCUGUAAUAGGUGCAGCAGCAAUCGUAGCUCUUUAUGCAGGGCGAAGAUACUUCCAAGGCCCUAAAUGCAAUAGCAAAAGAAGCCUACAAGGUAAAACUGUUGUUAUCACUGGUGGAAACACUGGGAUCGGUAAAGAAACCGCAGUGGAUUUAGCCAGCCGUGGAGCAAGGGUCAUAAUUGGCUGCAGAAAUUUCCAAAAGGGUAAAGAAGCACUGAAUGAAAUAAAAGAACGAAGCGGAAACUCAAAUGUUUUUCUUGAAGAGAUAGAUCUUGCCUCUUUGGAGUCAGUUCGCAAGUUUGCAGACAAAGUUCUCAACAGCGAACCCCGUCUAGAUAUUCUGAUCAACAACGCUGGAGUGAUGGCCUGCGCAUAUCAGAAGACAAAAGAUGGAUUUGAGAUGCAGUUUGGUACGAAUCAUCUUGGGCAUUUCUUGCUGACGAUGCUGCUCCUUGACCGACUAAAGAGCUCACAGCCGAGUCGCAUAAUAAACGUAUCUUCAAAAGGUCACAGAAUGGGUAGUGGCAAGAUAAAUUUUGAAGAUAUAAAUUACGAAAAAAGCUAUGACAGCUGGGCCGCCUAUUUUAACAGCAAGCUUGCUAACGUCUUAUUCACACGUGAGCUGAGCAAACGCCUUGAGGGUACCCAUGUGACUGUGAAUGCACUACACCCAGGGGCAGUUAGUACUGAACUGGGCCGACACACUAUCCUUGCCACCUUAGCUUUACCCAUUGGUUGGUAUAUUUUGAAGACACCUACACAGGGAGCCCAAACCUCCAUUUACUGUGCCGUCUCAGAAGAAAUGGAAGGUGUUAGCGGGAAGUAUCUGAAAGAUUGUGCCAUCGUGGAGGAAUCCAAGGGUGCACAGGAUGAUGAUGAAGCCAAGAAGUUGUGGGAUCUUAGCAUGAAGAUGGUUGGGUUGGAAAAGUUAUAAUACCAGUAUGAUAGCAUUCCUUCAUGAAGGCAAACAAUGCCCACUGUAUUGACUAAUUUAAAAACUUUGAGCCCCUGGACGUCAAUGAAUGAGAUGAACUGUAAUCUGCUACUACAUGUAGUAUUAAAUAUAAAAAAAUUUCUGUCUCUUUGUUGUUAACCACACGGUGCCACCCCAUAUUCUAAGUAACUGCUGAUUGUUCGUUUACGUCAAUAUACAUUUCUGUAAAUUUGUUAUUUGUCCUUUAUGCGGACCUGAGGAAAAGACUAGUUUUGGUAAUUGGAAAUACUGAUAUUAAGUGUUACAUUUGCAGUAGUAUGUAAUUUACAGUAAUUUCACGUUCACGUAAAAAUUGUCUUGAGAUGGGCAGAAUCACGAAUAAAUAUAAACUUAAAUCAAAUUUUCACGAGGAAAAAUAUUUCCAAUCUCGCUGCACGAAAAAUAAUAGGGGACCCUCACAACGGGAUCGUUGCUUUGGUGGUAACCUUGGAAAAAAAAUUAGCAUGGAGACGAGGCUUAUUCAUAGAGCGUGACUCCUUAGGUAAACACUUGAACACUUGAUAAGAUCGACUGCAGAGGUGUGAAAAUCAUGGCUGUUCCAGCUGUGAUCGGUGUAGCGGCAAUUGCAGCUCUUUAUACAGGGAAAAGAUACUUCCAAGGUCCAAAAUGCAAUAGCAAAAGCAGCCUCGAAGGUAAACCGUGGUUAUCACAGGUGGAAACACUGGCAUCGGUAAAGAAACCGCAGUGGAUUUAGCCAGGCGUGGAGCGAGGGUCAUAAUCGGCUGCAGAAACCUACAAAAGGGUAAAGAGGCACUGAAAGAAAUUAAAGAACGCAGUGGAAAUUCAAAUAUUUUUCUUGAGGAGAUAGAUCUGGCUUCUUUGGAAUCAGUUCGCAAGUUUGCAGACAAAGUUCUCAACAGCGAACCCCGCCUAGACAUCCUGAUCAACAACGCCGGAGUGAUGGUCUGCCCGUAUCAGAAGACAAAAGAAGGAUUUGAGAUGCAGUUUGGUACGAAUCAUCUUGGGCAUUUCUUGCUGACGAUACUGCUCCUUGACCGACUGAAACGCUCACAGCCGAGUCGUAUCGUAAUCGUUUCUUCGUCCGCUCACGCAAUGGGUAGUGGCAAGAUAAACUUUCAGGACAUUAACUAUGAAAAAAGCUAUGACAGCUGGGCCGUCUAUUAUAACAGUAAGCUUGCAAACGUGUUAUUCACUCGCGAGCUGAGCAAACGUCUGGAGGGUACCCACGUAACGGUAAAUGCCCUGCAUCCAGGAGCUGUUGCUACUGAAUCGCAACGACACUCAUUUCUAGGCAGUACUCUGCUAUACCCUGUCCGCUGGUACAUGUUCAAGACCGUAGAACGGGGAGCCCAAACUACCAUCUACUGUGCCGUUUCUGAAGAAAUGGAAGGAGUUAGCGGGAAGUAUCUGAAAGAUUGCGCUAUUGUGGAGCCAUCCAAGGGUGCCCAGGAUGAUGAAGCAGCCAGGAAGUUGUGGGAUCUGAGCGUAAAGAUGGUUGGACUGGAAAAGUGACACUAAAAUUAGAUAACAGAAUCGUUACCUGUUCAAUGAUUUUAUGCCAGUGCUAUUGUUGUUAGUUACCGGUAUUUAGUCUAGUGCCGGUGACAGUAAUAUUAUUCUGUUAUUUAAGAAGAGUACACAACUACGGAUAGAGUUAACCAAUUCUUGUGUAAAAUUCUUAGUGUUUUUAUAUGUAGCAAGCUACCGAAUAAAAGAAAGGUGCCAGAUGCUAGCAGAUCUUAAAUAGAUAUGAUAUAUAUCCGCAAAGGUGUACAAGCAGCCUUGUAAAAUUGCCACCAGUGACAAAGCACUAUACAGUACCUUUUUUCCAUCAAUUUUGUAAAUAAUUAUUUAUCUAGUUUUUUUUAUUUAAUUUUUUAUUUUUUCUAAUAUUUACCUCUUUGCUAUUUAGUUAAUUAUUUUUACAAAACCCUCAUACAAAAAGCUUCUGUACCUCUGACUGAGUCAAAAUAAAUUGAUAGAUCACUUCCUUAGAGAGAAUUUUUCAGCCACAAACUUCUCCUUCCUAUUUUCAGGGAGAGAUCUUGUUCUUGUGCGGGUAGAGAGCAACCUCGUCCCCAGGGCGCUUUUCAGUGGCUUUGGAGGCGAGGUUGGGUGUGGAGCUGGCUGCUUGCAGACAACCAUACCACCCUGGCAAUGGCAGCUGUGGACACCUUUUCAACCUUAGCUUCACUUAACCUGUUCCAGGCUCUGAGCUAGUCGAGUCCUAGACUGCGAGCAGUCCCUCUUCAGUCCGUCAAGUCUAAGCUUGGCAGGACUGGAGAGAGCGAAUUGGCCGAGAGGCAAUAAAAUCGAGCGAAGCGAGCGAGCGAAAGCCGAGGGUUUCCCUCUCGGCCAAUUCGCUCUCUCCAGUCCUGCCAAGCUUAGACUUGACGGACUGAACAGGGACUGUCGCAGUCUAGUCGAGUCCGCAAAAUUGAGAAUGCACGAACACGAAAAUAAAACGGGAGGAACCUGGCAGACCGCGCGCUCAUAUUUUCGCGUGCCUUUCACUUACUCGUCAUACCCAAGCUUCCCCACUAGCUGAGAGCAAGGAACAGGCUACUUCAUUUGGGCUUGUCAGCCUGGACAGUUAAGGUAGGGUAGCUGAACACAGCCUUUGGUAAUACAGGAGCCAGACACAACCUUAUCUUUAGUAGUUUUCACUAAGAAAAUGUUGAGGAGGACCCUGCCACUGACGCCGAAUGGUGAAUGGUCAUGAAUGAUGGCCCUUUGUGCUUUAAUUUGGCCUAAAAAUUAGGAGGGGGCUUAGCCACCAUUCCCCGGCCCCAUCUAUAUAGAUCCGUCACCGAUUAAAGUAGAGAUUAGCUAAAUAUAACCCUGGGGCCGGUUGCUCGAAGCCUGGUUAGCGCUAACCGUUGGUUAAGAGGUAUCAAAAUGUAUAGGUUUCCAUGGUAUUUAACGCUGGUUAGCACUAACCAUGCUUCGAGCAACCCAGGCCUGUUUGAUAAAGCCUUUGCAAUUUGAUCCAUUACAAGCCUCGGUACGAGGCAGGCAGGGACCUGUGUUCGAGCAUAGAGACGAGGUUACGCAUGCAUGUUUGACUCAGCGUAUUGUAUUGUUGUUGUAUUGUCCAAGUUCUAGCUCGAACAUGGCUGUCCCAGCUGCGAUCGGUGUAGCAGGAAUUGCUGUUCUUUAUGCAGGGAAAAGAUACUUCCAAGGGCCUCGAUGCAAGAGUAACAAGAGCCUAAAAGGAAAAACCGUGGUUAUCACCGGUGGAAACACUGGCAUCGGUAAAGAAACCGCCGUGGAUUUAGCCAGGCGUGGAGCGAGGGUCAUAAUCGGCUGCAGAAACCUACAAAAGGGUAAAGAAGCACUGAAUGAAAUAAAAGAACGAAGCGGGAAUGCCAAUGUUUUCCUUGAGGAGAUAGAUCUUGCCUCUUUGGAGUCAGUUCGCAAGUUUGCAGAUACAAUUCUCAACAGCGAACCCCGUCUAGACAUUCUGAUCAACAACGCUGGGGUGAUGGCCUGCGCGUAUCAGAAGACAAAAGAUGGAUUUGAGAUGCAGUUUGGUACGAAUCAUCUUGGGCAUUUCUUGCUGACGAUGCUGCUUCUUGACCGACUGAAGCUUUGUCAGCCGAGUCGUAUCAUAAACGUGUCUUCGUCCGCUCACAGAAUGGGAAGUGGCAAGAUCAACUUUGAAGAUAUAAACUAUGAAAAGAGCUACAGCAGCUGGGGUGCAUACUUCGACAGCAAGCUUGCAAACGUGCUCUUCACACGCGAAUUGAGCAAACGCCUUGAGGGUACCCACGUGACAGUGAAUUCACUGCAUCCUGGAGCAGUCACCACUGAUUUGCAGCGCCACUCUUUCAUAGGAAGUGGUCUCCUCUUUCCCCUUCGCUGGUAUGUAUUUAAGACAGCCGAACAGGGAGCCCAAACUACCAUUCACUGUGCAGUCUCUGAGGAGAUGGAAGGUGUCAGUGGAAAAUAUCUGCGAGAUUGUGCCGUUGUGGAGGAAUCCAAGGGGGCCCAGGAUGAUGCCGCAGCCAAGAAGCUGUGGGAUCUGAGUGUGAAGCUGGUUGGGCUGGAAAAAUAG